AGCAGUGACUCUCAUUGCAUUAGAUCCAUAGCUAUAUACAAGUGAAUCAAUAAAAAGAAAUGGCAAAGGCUCAACUAUUUGCAGCUCUCCUUGUGUUAGGACUCAUUGCAUGCACCUCAGCUAGUCCUGCUUUGAUGGAACAAGUGAAGGAACUCAAUGAACAAGGAUUGGAGCGUCGCGAUGUUGCCUCAGGUGCCUGCAUCACAACUUUGUAUGUGAUGGGAUUUAGUUCAAAUGAUCUUAACGCCAAUGCUGCUGAGAGUGCUCACAUGAUUGAAAUGAAAGUCAAUGGGGUGGUUCGCAAAGGACGACUUCCAAACUUGCCUGGUGACGAUUUUCAGCGAGCUAAAGGAGAUCUUUGGAAGAUAAGUGUUGCAAGUUUUGGUUUCACUGAUACUUGCAUUCGUAAGUCUGAGAUUGAGCAAAUCACAUUGGAGCAAGGUAGCAAUGAUGGAUGGCAUAUUGACUCCAUUGUUACAUUUGUUGGAACUGCUAAUGGUCAAACUGAGCUAGCCACGAUGGACAUAAACACAUUCCAAUGGAUCGAUGGAGAUGGAGCAACUGAUGCACGACGAUUUGUACUUACUUUACUCCUCAAUUAACUAAGACUAACUCUUUAUUGAGGCUUUAGUUUACUUUUUUAAUUAAAAUUUUGAUGAUUUAAAGAUAUUUUUGUCAAUUGUAAGAGCAUUUCUAAAAUCUAACCC